AUGCCUGCCGGGACUUUCACUGACAUCAGCCAGGUCAAAUGUAGCGAUCCAACGGGCCCUUGUGAUGGCUGUACUCGCAUGGGACUAGAUUGUCCCGGUUUAUCGGAGGAAAAACUAUCAUCAGCAGAGCUCCGUGCACGAGUCAACAGUGCUUUUCGCCAUGCUGGUCGUCGAAGACGGGUUGUGGGUGCUUGCCAUGAAUGCCAGGCGGCAAAGUUACGAUGCGAUCGCGGGAAACCACGUUGUCAGAGAUGUGAAUCGAGAUCGCUUCCUUGUAUUUAUUCCGAUGAUCGGGAUCGACGGCAUAGUGAUGAGAAUGCUUCGAAUUCUAGAGCUGUGUCACUAUCACCGCCUGCGCGGGUUAUCAGUGCCUCAGGCGAAGGACCGGAUACUUCAAUCUUCACCGAGAGGAUAGGGAGUGUCGAUCUAAUCAACGAAGUGUCUUCGGCAGUACCGCUUCCUGAUGAUCUGCAGGAAUUGAGGCAUCUCGUUGAUACUUAUUUCGUGCAUAUUCAUCCGCUGCGGUGUCUGGGCUUUGUGCACAAGCCAUCGUUCAUGCAGUCGUUAGACCGAGGAAAAAUUAAAGAGGAUUUCGGAAAAGCACUCGUGCAUAUAAUAUGCGCUUUUGGAUCAAGGUAUGAAUUGUCUCUCCUAACAAAGUGCAUGUUUAAUGUUGUCUAUUUCAAGAUUCAUCGACAACUCGCCUAG